AUGGCUGCCGCCGGCUUCGCUGCUUUGCCCGGCGUCCAACUUCCACCAGGUCUUGACCGGCCGAUCCGCCCAAGUUCCCAUGGAGCAGCAGGCUCUGGUUUCGGUGCUCGUGCGCCGGAGAUGGCAGCCCUCGGGCUCCUCGCGCUGGCAGCUCCCUGCCGGUGCCGCACGGCACGAAGGGCAGAGGGGCCAGAUCGAGGGUUCAGGAUCCUGGAGGUAGCAUCCUCGUUCCUGGGAGGCCAGAAAUCACUUGUCAAGGCUGCGCGAUGGGGCAGCCGUGAGGCAUGGAGACUGAUGGUGCGAGAGCUCGCUCCACAAUCCCCCGAAGGGGACUACAUGCGGCCACGGAGUGAGCUGGUUGCCUCAAAGGAUAAGGCACCGCUCCGCUCCGAAGGCUAUGCGCUUUACCUUGGCAAUACUUGCCCUUGGUGCCACCGUGCCAAGCUGGCUUUAAUCCUUCGCCGCCUGCCGCCACGCUGCGUUGCAGAUGUGAAGCUCGUGGACAACGCCGAGCGUGCUUCACGAGGUGGCUGGGCCUUUGAUCCUCAGCAAGGAGCUGUGGACCCUGUGUUUGGAGCGGCAGACCUUCGUGAGGUGUAUGACCGAGCAGCAGGCCGCGACGGUUCUGGCUAUGUUGGUCGCUGCACUGCUCCAUUGCUGGUGGACACACGCAGCCGGCGAGCCGUGUCCAACGACAGCGUCCAGAUUGUUCGGCUCAUUGGGACCGCCAGUGAAACAGACGAAGAACGCAGCCAGGGCCGAGCAGUCGACCUGGUGCCGCAGGAGCUGAUUGGGCAGAUUGAGGCCACGACUCGCUGGACCUACGAGCUCCUGUCCAACGCAGUUUACCGGGCUGGCUUUGCCACAACCCAGGAAGCCUUUGCGCGUGCUGCAAGGGAUGUCGCAGAAGGCCUUCAGCGUGUUGAGGAGCAGUUGGCUGGGAGCCGAUUUCUGUGUGGUGACCGUCUUACAGAGGCAGACGUUAUGCUGCUGCCAUGCGCCGCACGUUUUGAUGCGGUUUACGCCUCUCUUUUCUUGAGGGGCUCCUGUGGCCUGUGGCGUGAAGGCGAACACCGCCGCCGGUGGCUUCAGCGCUGCUGGUCCUUGCCGGGGGUGCCGCACACUGUCGAUCUGCGUGCCUGUCAAGAGAGUUACUUCCGCAGCCUCUUCCCCCUGAACCCGUCGCAGAUCGUUCCGGUACCUGCUUCUGACCCCGGUGCACUCGGAACAGAGAGCAUCUCCGAGGAGGACCUGGAUGAAUUCUUCCAUUGGCGGAAAGUCUGA